CCUCCAGCCGCCAUGGUGAACAGAUAACCUGCCCGGCCGUCCUGACACCAUGGGUGCCUGCUUCUGCAAAGGUCACAAAGAGCUCCACCGUCCCAUGACAGCUCAGCAGGACCGCACUGGGGAGGGUCAGGAGGGUCAGCCGUCCUCCGUCCAGGAUGGUCAGAAUCCCUCCAAUGGCAGCGUUGCAGAUAAAACCAGCGGCUACGACAUCGGCGAGCUGGCCACCUCCUCUUUAGUGGGUCUGGUGGCCACGAUAAAGGAGCAUAUUACCAAGCCGACGGCGAUGGCCCAGGGCCGAGUUGCUCACCUGAUUGAGUGGAAGGGUUGGGGUGGAGGCGGCGAGGCCAGGGGAGGUUGGAACGGGGCCUGGGGUAAAGGAGGUGGAGGCUGGGGGGGCAUGGGGGCCGAGCUGCAGGAGGAUGAACAAUUCUACUCCCAAAUGACGGACGAGAUAAAGGAAGCUCGCUUUGCUGCAGGAGUGGCAGAGCAGUUCGCCCUGGCUGAGGCAGCCAUGAAUGUGUGGUCCAUGAACGACAGCUUCGAGCAGCCCUCCACCAGCUUGCAAGCCACACAAAGCCACUUCUUGUCUCAGUUCCUGCUGGACGCCGGGAGCGUCAGUGUUCCCCAGCACCUGUACAGCAUCCACGCCCAGGCAUACGGUGACAGCAGGGCGGCCCACCUGGUGGACUCCAUUUCCCCGAUGUCCAGCGCUCAGCAGGACAGAGAUCGUCCCUUUGCGGACAGAAGCGCUGCGACUGCAGAGGCUGCCGUCCGACACGUAGACAGCAGCUCGCUCUCAGAGGAUGACGUUUUUUAUAACUAG